AUGCUCAGGCGCCCUCGCCUCGUCGUUCUGGAUGAAGCUACCAGCGCCUUGCCGCUACCUGCAGAGCGAAUUGUCUACCAGCAGCUGCUCAGAAGCAAUGACUGUGCGCAGUUGUCCAUGUUUUGGCAUGGCGGUGCCAUACUUGUCUCCGGAGACGCCACUUUGGCGGAGCCACUGCCAUCAUUUUCAAGUUGUAGACGAAUGGCGUGCUGCGCAUGUCUCGCAGAAGUCCAGAAGCCACCGACCUUGCAGGCGUGCAGCUGGCAACAACGACAACGACAGCGGCAACAACAACACCAGCAAAAGCACAAGCAAGAGCAACAGCAACAGCACGAGCAAGAGCAAGAGCAAGAGCAAAAGCAACAGCAACAAAAAACUGAAGAAGAAGAAGAAGAGGAGGAAGAAGAAGAGGAGUAA